UAUUUUUAUUUUUAUUUUAUUUUAAUUUUAUUUUUUUAAUUUUUUUUUUCCUAUAUCUCACUGCAAAUAAAUUUAUGUGUAAUUGUUGUGUGGUAUUUGUUUUCUAUCUUCUGUGAAUGCUGACCGAAGUAUUACUUUUGGAACAGCUGAAGGACGACGGCACCGAAUCUGGGACAGAAGCAGAAGACGAAAAAGCCGCACGUCUUGAAUGUCGGACAUUAUCAGCCGGAAAUCCUCAAAGCAUUGAUGGGGAACCAAAGCAGACUGUUUUAGGGGCUGCUGACUAUGAUGGCAGAUAUAACUCACUACUGCAUAUUACACAACAGCAAUUUACUAGACACAACUCACGCCUACCUUGCAACAGCUAUUUUCAACCGCAUCAUCAACAGCAAGAACAACAACAACAUUUGUCAGAGCAACAAUUACUACAGCAGCAAGAACAACAACAAUUACAACAACAGCAUCAUCAUCAGCUGCAGCGAUCAGAUUACACAACAGCUAUGGAGAGAUCAUUAAUUAUAGAAGAAGAUGUAAAAAUGGAAGAGUUGCAGUUGUCUGAAGACGAGUGCCAAAAGGAGAAUCAACUAGAACAACUGCAGCCACAAGAAAUAGAGGAACAGCAGGCCAUGCUACAACCACAUUCUCACCAUCAUAAUAAUAAUAAUCAUCAUCAUUCUCAAGAAGAAGAAAAAGAAGAGCAACAACAACAACAACAACAACAUCAGUGUGAUCCAAAACGUAUGGAUGUGUUAUUGUCGGAGAACGAAUUAGUAAUUCCAGCUUCAUCCUCCUCUCUGGAAGUAAUAGAAGUAGCUCCAGCUGUUUCUGCUUCACCUGAGCCAACAUUAAACCAACAGGCAGCCCUUCCCUCAACAGUACACCCAUUGUCUUUACACAAAGAUACACAGCUUUCCAUAUCACCGUCUUUGUCGUUUGAUUCUGAAGGAGGAGGAGAACAAGAAAACACACACCAACAGCAGCAUGCACCAUCAGCAGCAGCACCACAGCAACAGAAGCAACUGGAAAAUAAUGAAGAAGGAACUGGGACUGGGUCAGGAGCAGCUCAAAAAUUAGACCGGGAGUACUGUGUGUCCGAUGAUCCUGUUGAAACGAGUGAACGGCCCUUAAAUCAAGUGACCAUGAGCACCUGUUUGAACAACUCCGUCAGCUCUGAAACUGCCAUGAACCUGUCCAAUCCGGUUUCUGUAUCUGCGGAUGUUUCCAACUCUAAUACUAAUACUGCUGUCGCUGAAGACUUAAUUGGUCCAGAACCAAUCAGCAUUGACAGACCUAACGAGCUCCCAUCUUUGGCGGAGCAAGCUGACGCAGCCAUGACAACGAGAAGCUCAGAUGACAUUAACGGGGACCAGAGCCUGCCUGUUUCUCUUGAAUCUCAAAGUCCUGUAUCGAUGGUGACCACCACAUCGCCGUCUGUCGUCGUUGACCAGCACAGCUCGGAGGAGGAGCUUGAAUGUAUAAACCAGGAGAACAGUCACCCGGAGAAGAGGAAGUGGUCACAGAUGGAGAGUCAGAGCAGUCACUCUGUGGAGAGCAACCAUCCAAAGUCAAAUGUUUACCAUUCCUUUCAUCCCCCCCAUCACCACGACCACAACGCCCAUCACCUGUUGCAGCAUCCUCUUCCUCUUCAUCACCACAGUCAUCAUCAGCAGCAGAAUCAUCAUGUCCUACAGCACCAUCAACAACAGCAACAGAACAACAUCAACCACAAUCAGCAGCAUCGCAGCAGCAACAGCAACAGCAGCAGCAGCAGCAGUGGUAACCACGGUAGCAGCGGUAACAACAACAACAACAACAACAGCAACAACAACAAUAACAACGCCAUUAACUCCCAACAACACUGCCACAACCACAACAACCAGCACAACUGCAGCAGCAGCAACAACAAUAACAACAACAGCAUUCUAAUCAACAACAGCAACAUCUGCAAUAACAACAACAACAACAACAACAAUAACAACAACAACAGUAACAUCAACAACAACAGCAACGCCAAUAGCUGCUGUUUUACAGACAGUGCCGGAUCUUCGGACGAGGAGGUGAAGGAGUUCAUGCUUGAUCCAAAACCUAUUCUAUUCAGCUCCGCUCCACCCUCGGGUAUCCAGAAGGUGAUGCGGUCGUCGUCAGCCAAUUUUCUAGUACCGAAUGGACCACCCCUUAGCAUCUGUGCCAUUUCACCAAGAAAAAGGCACCGUUUAAAUUCGUCCUCUGAUUCUCUUGAUUUGGAGAACAUCUCUGUAAUUCAAAGACCAUGUCUUGACUUUGAGAAAAUGCAGAAAACAUUGAUGCGAAAGCAUACAUCACAUAGUGUCAGCCGUGCAAAGAUUGUGAAAAUUAAGACUAUCAGUGGUAAUGGCACCAGUUCCAAAUGUUGGUUUGACCCUGCUGUGUGUUCGUUCCGAUCAAUCAGCACGGCAUACAGCCCUUUGCCACCAGUAGAAGAACCAUCUUGUGCUUACUGAAGAACACCAGAUGGAUUAUCUUGAAACCUGCUGCUGCUGCUGCCGCGGCCGCCGCUGCUGCUUUACAGACUGAGAGUUAUUUCAAACCAAGGAUCAAGGCUGGAUGGAUCAUUGAUCAUUGUGACCAGUUUUUAUGUAAAGGGGUGGGAAAAGGGGGAAGAAGUGUGUGUAUGUGGGGGGAGGGUUGUUUUUGGAGGGUGUGGUUUGGGGUGAUGAUGGAAAAAGGCGAUAAUGAGGAUGAAGAUGAGGUGAUGGAGGAGAUGGUGGUGUAAUUUAUGUCUUCAAUGGUGAAGGUGUCGCUACAGCUCCUCUUAUGUCAAAGGUGGAUACUCCUGAGAAGAAAGGAAGGAGGAAAGAAUGAAAAGAAAAUACCUCUGCAAGUUACUACUGCUACUACUAUUGCUACUACUAAUACUUAUUGCCUGGAGUAGUAAUUUUAUCAUUAUUAAUAUUUUUGUUAGUAGUAGUAACUAUUAUUUGCUGACUUUGACCUAAAUUCAAGAACAAUAAUCGAGACAAAGGACUUAAAGAUAAGUGUAUAUAAACAUAUAUAUAUAUAUAUAUGUGUAUAUAUAUAUAUAUAUAUAUAUAAACAUAUAUAUAUAUAUAUGUAUAUAUAUUAUAAUAUAAAUAUGUGUGUGUAUGUGUUUCCAAAUGAGGGAAAUGACAUGUCCAAUACAAACUGAUUGAUCAGAAUAUAUAUACAUAUACAUGCAUAUUACACACACACAUGUGCACACACACACACACACACACACA